GAAAGCCCACGUAGCUUCGGCAUGUAUCAACUGCAAAAGAGCACACCUCAGCUGCGAUGUCGGCCGCCCGUGCACGCGUUGUGUCGCUUCUGGAAAGCAGGACAGUUGCGUCGACGUGCAGCACAAAAAGCGCGGCCGACCGCGAUUACGAGAGGAGGGCGAGUUCAAGGCCGAGCAAUUAGCAGCACAAGCUCGGUCCUUCUCGACGAUCGCCGCGGGAAACAUCAUCGCUCCAUCACGACCAAUUGCUGCCCCUCGACAUCGGCGUACAGAGUCUUUCCGCUCGAUCCGCUCACAAGGCAGCGAAGGCUCAGCCUUUGAACCGAGCCCGCCGCACCACUUCCCACGACAGCAAACUACACUACAGCCUGCCUUUGGGUAUCAGCCCACCAGCACCACAGCCAGAUAUGAAGUUCCUACCGCUUACUUAAACAUGGAUCUACUCGUGAUCAAGGCGAACGGUCCAUUCCGGCAGAUAAUGAAUGGUGGACGCGAUCCAAUCGGCAGGCAGAUCAGCGACCUUGCGGGCUUCGCGGACGGCGAAAGCUUCUUCAACCUUCGGAACCGUCUAAGAGCAGAACGAGAAGCACGAGAACCUGUGUACAUGCCUCCAAUCAUGCAACAAGGUCACGAUCCUCUGGGCGGUGCUUCCGAAUUGGACGUCGAUCGGUACACCCACGGCUUUGACGACGGCACGUACACGUGGCAUCGACUACAAGGAGGGCCAUCAGAAGCACCGUUUCCGGCACGUAUUAGACUGGGAAAGGCCAACGCAUACUUCGUCGCGGUAACGCUUCCAAGUUUUCGACCAGUGGAAAUGCCUGCACAACCUCAGGUCAACCCUCCUGCCUUUGGAAGAAGUCCUCCGGACAGCCACAGCAUGCGAACUUCGCCACCUGAUCGCCCGCAGCGAGCAGGAUUCGUACCAUAUACCGAAACUCCAAUGCUACCCGCACAACCCACGCCGCAGACAAAUCGUCCUGCAGUACAGCAAAUGCCUAGAUCAUAUCCGCCGCCACAUCUUCCAAUGCCACCGCUUCAUCGACAGGUCUCACAAGCAUCGGUUUACCCAGCUUAUCAGACCACUCCUUUAGGCACGCCUAGACUUUCAAUCGCGGAACCGCCGACAGAAACAACGGCGUUCACGCCACGCGCCUCUUCACGAGAAACCCAAGCGGUGCCCGUACCUCCACCAAGUUUACAGCUACCGCCGAUCGUGGGGAAUCGAACGCCAUUGCAAAGCCCAUAUCCAACCGCGGGCCCUUUUCCUGCACUCCCGAGUGGACAGGCGCCGCUGCUACGGAGCGAGUCAGACGAAGAUGGCAGACAGGAGUCGCCAAAGAAGAGACGGAGAAUGGAUAUAGAUGAUGUGCUGCAUCGGUGAGGGCUUAGGUCAGCGCAUGACUGUUGAGCUAGGCGCUCAAUCCCAUCACCCAGAAGCUGUACGAAUAGAGGAACAGGAGGAUGUAGAUUUGCCACAUUGAUACCACUAUAAUAGUCGUGGGCAGGAGGAGCCACAUAGAGCACACGGGGAAGCAGAACAACAGCGCUCUUCGGCGCAAAAUGGUGACGAAUAUUUCGUUCACUAUUCUACAUAUCCUACGCUAAGACCAUUGCCCUUCAUCAUCU